UAUCGAAGAACAACGAAGAAAAACGCGAAGGAAAGGGCAAUUAUACUGGAGGAAUCAAGAACUCCAUAGUAACCGAAAAGAAAGGCUCUAACGACUCUCUUGAUUUAAAUAUUCAUAGAAAUAUUUCUAUACAAUGGAAGCCUCUGUUCAAGGGUAUUCCAGUAGAUCCAAUGGGACAGACAUUUCUUCGUAUGCCGCACAUUUGUCAUACUGUCCAAGCACAGAUGAGACAAGAAAACGCGCACAAAGUUAAGCGGCCAAUGAACGCCUUCAUGAUCUGGGCAAGACAAAACCGCUCUACCAUCGCUAAACGAUAUCCUAGUGCGAAUAAUGCUGAAAUUUCGGUUAAGCUUGGAGAGAUUUGGAACGAUCUGUCGAGUGGACAACAGAAGCCUUACUUCGACGAAGCUGCACGUCUAAAAGAAAAGCAUAAGAUUGAGUAUCCGAACUGGGUUUAUCAGCCUCGUCCAGCUAAGAGACCUAGAACUGUGGAGCUGCCUGGGAGCAAUGCUUGUAAUGCAGGUCAGCUGUCCGCCAAGGCAUUACCCGUGAAAACAGAAGUUCCUCAAACUCAAAGCUCGUUUGGAGUCCGUCAUAAACAAGGACAUCUUUCUCAUGUUCAGCCGUUCUUUACGUUGCAAGGAGCAGAGGCAGCUAAGCCUACACUUACUCAGUCACUGCCUUGUACCAUUACAUCGACGGGCGAAUCAAACCGAGGUAGCCAUGGAUUCAUCAAUCUAUCAAACUCAACAAUUGACCAUAGAUUGAUCAAACAUAUUUUCGAGCAAAGCGAUGGCAUCUCGCCAGAAAAUUCCGCCAGCCAGUCUGAAACAGAACUCAAAGAUAAAAAAAUAGGAAGCUGUAACUGGCUAGAUCGUGAGUACAGGAAGAUUGAGUCAGGCACCUUUGCGCAGACUCAUACUCAACGCCCCGAAGAAGAUGGCGAAGUCGUCAAACAAGACGCCAUGUUGACUUCUGUGGAAGUAAAUGAAGUAGAAAACGAAGAGUUGAGUUAUGAUAAUUGCGAGCUAGAUAAAUAUCUCGCUGGUUUGGAUGAAACUAUAAAGAAGAGCUUGGAAAAGCUCAAUGAAGUGCCAGACGAACUGGAUCUUCUUGACGAUGACUUGGAUAAAAAGUUUGCAGAGCUUGAAGACGACGACGACGAUGAUGAC